AUGAGCUUUCAGCCCUACUCAGAGCAAGAUAACGAUGAAGAGUCAUCGCCCCGACUCAAUGGAGUCCAUUCAGACGAACCUCGACCUGAGAAACGCAAGCGCACCAGCAAAGACGAUCCCCAAGGACCUUCGUGUUCCCUAUGCCGCAGGCGAAAGGCAAAAUGCUCAAGAGAUCAACCAUGCGGGACCUGUAUCAAGCUCGGAGCCGAAUGCAUAUACGACCAGGAAAAGUCAAAGCCGGGCAUGCGAGCGGGGGCUAUUGAGACAUUGACUCAGCGUGUAGCGACGCUGGAAAACAUGUUUAUUGGCCAGGGUGUUCUCUGGCAGCAGAUCUGGAACAGCAUCAAUAAGCCAACUAACCAGCAGUACGGGCAAACACCAGACUCGCAUCCGGAAGUGUCAAUCCAGCAGAUGGCAUCAGAUGUCAGAAGACAUCUCACCGAAUUGCCAUUAUCGGAAAUCGGUCAACAGGUGGAUUCGGUGGGGGAAGGAAUUCAGCCAGGAAGCACAUUCGAUGCGACAAAUACGCACCAGUCAAAAAAUAAUUCCGGUCUUCAACACCAGAUUAACCUGGGUACCCUCCCUCCAGACGAUCUAGUGGACUCAAUGGUCAACAUAUACUUCAGUCAGAUGCAUCCUUGGAUACCAAUGCUACAUGAGCCGACAUUUCGAGGGCUGCUCUCCAAUUCUUCUGGAAGAGCGCGAGUAUCGACAAUACUCCACGCUAUAGUAUCUCUCUGUAUCCGAUUCUCAGAUGAUCCACGGCUCCAGAGCGCUCCAGAACUCCGUGCUCAGUACUCCACCAGCUGCCGCCAGACAGUCAUACUUGCGAGUAUGGAGUCCUUUUCGGUCGAGAACUUGCAAGCAAUGACCAUUUGUGCAUUUGACAUUAUUGGUAGCGGCAGAGGUCCCUCGGCAUGGUCCAUAGUCGGCAGCAUGUCUAGAACCGUUGAACAACUACGCCUCAGCACUGAGGAGGAGACCCAGUCACAUCAGUCCAGGUCAAAGGCUCUAAUCGAGAGGGUGGCGUUUCUCCCCCCAGCGGCAACGUGGGCCGAAGUAGAAGAGCGGCGCCGCAUCUUCUGGAAUGUCUUCCUCAUGGACCGCUUCUGCAGUAUCUGCACCGGAUGGAACCUCUCAUUAACUAGUGCUGAUGUCACAAGGAGGCUGCCUUGCGAAGGCGCUAUAUGGGAGACUGGAGAACCAAGCCAGACUCCUACUCCCUACUUUGGCAUCUCGACCCGGUCCCACGACCGUGAGAAGGAUUAUUUGCCAGCCACUCGCGAUACCGAGGAUGGCCAGGCUUCUCUAGGAGGCUUCGCAUUUUGUAUAGAGGCAACGGAGAGUUUGAGCCUUGUCACAUCGUUUUUUCUCCAAUACAGAGUUGACUUCAAGGAGGUCCACGAAGUUCAGAGGUGGCUUAUGAGAUUUAAGCAGUUGGACUUGCGGCUCGUGCAGUGGAAAUUCUUUCUCCCUGAGAAAUGGCGCAAAGCUUGCCAAUUCAACAAUGACGGCAACUUGGAUCCCAAUCUAGUCCUUGCGCACAUAGCACACAACACUGCCGUUGUCCUCCUACACCAGGGCUUAGCGUAUCCACCAGCAGAAUGGCAGUCUCUUCCUGUCAGACUGCCUUCUGCUUCCAGUGCAGAGACCUGUCAGGUUGCGGCCGAUGAAGUUGCCACAAUCGCAGAGCAGUUCCUUGGCCACUCACAUGUACUUAUCAGUCCCCAGUUUUCGUUUUGCCUCUUUGUGUGCGGCAAGAUGCUGCUGACUCAUGCCGCAUACUACCAGUCCACUCUUACUUCAUCUUUUAAUUCGAUCAUAGCGAGCCUCGAGGAGAUAUCUCGUAGGUGGAACGGGGACCAGCCUGCAGCCCGAGCCAAUCUGGCUUCUAAGUUCUGCUCGCGCCUCAAGAAGGCUCGCAUCGAAGGUUCUGGUUCGGUCGAUAUCCGGGAAGCUUUUUCUGAGAAGCAAGACGCCAUUCCUUCAUUAAGAAAUGCGGAUGUGAGCUUUCGCAGUGCAGGACUUCAAAGGAUGAGUGCCUCAAAUGAAGCAGCAGUACCAGGCGUAUUAGACGGAGAAAUAGGCAUUAAUGGUACUCAGACGGAGUCGCCCGAGAGCAUUUCUCUGGCUUUCCCGCCGCUUCCGCUGUCAUUUCAGAUGGGCAACGCAACUCACGAUUCAAUAUUCGCCGCGCAGGGAAAGCCGGGUAAUGACAUGGGAGAAGUGGUUGGUACGGAUAUGAAUAUGGCAGGGAAUUGCCUCGAUUUCUAUGAUCUCUCAGAGCAGACGUUUCUUCCGUCAGAGCGCGUUAGUAUGCUGAGUCGCUCGUAUAUUGGAGACUGA